CCCCGCGCGUCGCCCGGCGCGGAGCCACCGCCCCAAAGAUGGCGGCGGAGGAGAACCGCGGCGAGAGGCGCUGAAACGAAGCUCCGCGGGUGAAGCGAACCGGGAGCGAGGCCGGAAAACCCCGAAAGAGAGACCGGAGCCGCUGCGGGGAUGCCCCGGGGGGGAGCGGGGCCGCUGCUGCCGCCGGAGCGAUGGAGGAGGAGGGCAAGAAAGGCAAAAAGGUCCCUGGAAAGGAGGUUGUGGUGAGGUGGACGUUGGUGUCUUCUCCCAAGGAACGAGGGAUGGGACGAGAGGAAAUGACCUCAAGUUGACACCAGGAGAGGUUUAGAUUGGAUAUUAGGAAAUAUUCCGUCGUGGAAAGCGUUGUGAAGCUCUGGCAGAGGUUUUCCAGGGAAUGGGUGGAGUCUCCAUCCCCGGAGGUCCUUCAAAACCUUAUGGUUGUGGUGCUUUGGGGAUGUGGUUUAACGGUGUUGGGUUCGUGGUUGGACUCCAUCGUCUUCAAGAUCUUUUCCACCCUAAAAGAUUCCGUGAUCCGAAAGUUGGCGCCGGUUUAAAAUACGAUGGAAUCCAGAUCUGAGAUCCUCUGGAAUCUUCUCUCCCUGAACCUCCAGAGGCUCCUCCUAAAGUGGACAAAGCUGUGGUGAGAAUCGCUGCUCUCCACUUUCCUCCAGACCUUUGAGCUGCUCCUAAAAUUCCACCACGCCAACGUUCAGCAGCUCCGGAUGGAGCCCAUUUGGUGUCUCCGUUCCCUCCAGAAGGUUGAGGAACGGGCUUUUCUCCUUGAGAACCACCUCGUGAUCCAGGUUUUCGGGGUUGACCCGCUAGGCUGGAAUUUUCGGAGCUGUUUUCCUUUGAUCUCCAAGCGUUUGGAGCUCAGCAGGACAAACCUGUCUUGGGUCUUCAUGGUUGUGGUUGACCUCGGCACGGUUGGGAGCGGAGAGUUGUUCUUCUCCGACCUCUGGAUGAAGCCGGAGAUUUUCAGCUUCUGCUCUUCACAUUCCAGAAUGGAGCCCGGAAUAGUGUCUCCUUUCAAACGAGUCUUCUUGAAGGGUGAAAAAGGUCGGGAUAAGAAAGCCCAGGAGAAGGUUACGGAGAGAAGACCUCUCCAUACGGUGGUGGUGUCGCUGCCGGAUCGCGUCGAGGCCGAAGUGCUGCUCAACGAUUACAUCGAGAAAGAAGUGAAGUAUUUAGGACAACUGACGUCCAUCCCGGGAUUCCUGAAUCCCUCCAGUCGGACGGAAAUCCUUCACUUGAUCGAUAACGCCAAGAGGGCCCAUCAGCUCCCGGGGCAGUUGACCCAAGAACACGACGCCGUCAUCAGCCUUUCCGCCUACAACGUCAAAUUGGUUUGGAGGGAUGGAGAAGAUCUCAUCCUCAGGGUCCCCAUCCAUGACAUCGCGGCCGUCUCCUACAUCCGAGAUGACUCUUCGCACUUGGUCGUCCUGAAAACAGCUCAGGAUCCCGGGAUUUCUCCGAGCCAAAGUCUCUGUGCCGAGAGCUCCAAAGGCCUCACGUCGAGUUCUUUAUCCGAGAGCGGAGUGGUCCCGGUCGAAGCCUGCUGCUUGGUGGUCCUCGCCACGGAGAACAAAGGGACGGCGGAGGAGCUUUGCUCCCUUCUCAGCCAGGUCUUCCAGAUCGUUUACACCGAGUCCACCAUAGACUUCUUGGACAGAGCCAUAUUUGAUGGGGCGUCCACGCCCACGCGGCACAUGUCCCUGCACAGCGACGACUCUUCGACCAAAGCGGACGCGAAGGAACACUACGAGACGGACACGAGAACGUUUUCCUUUCCGGAAGCUUUGGACGGUGGUGGCAUCUCCCCAUCUUCCUUCUCCAUCCAACAGUCUCCACACCUGAAGACGAUGAGUGAGAGUGAACUGAGCACCACCGCCACCGAACUUCUCCAGGACUACAUGAUGACGCUCCGCACGAAGCUCUCCUCGCAGGAGAUCCAACAAUUCGCCACUCUCCUCCACGAGUACCGCAACGGCUCUUCCAUCCACGAGUUCUGCAUCAACCUCAAACAGCUCUACGGCGACAGCAGAAAGUUCCUCCUCUUGGGUCUUCGCCCCUUCAUCCCCGAGAAGGACGGUCAACACUUUGAGAACUUCUUGGAGACCAUCGGGGUGAAAGACGGGCGCGGGAUCAUCACGGACAGUUUCGGGAGGUACAGGAGGACGCUGAGCACCACCUCCAAUUCCACCACCAACGGCAACGGCGCCGCCGGCAGCUCCGACGACCAAUCGGGGCCUUCGGAAGAGGACGAGUGGGACCGAAUGAUCUCCCACAUCUCCAACGACAUCGAAGCUUUGGGCUGCAGCAUGGACCGCGACUCCUCCUGAGGGGGACAACUCCUUCUUCUUCCUUCUUCCUUCCUCUCCUCCUUCUUCCUUCUCCUCCUUCUUCCUUCUCCUCCUUCUUCCUUCUCCUCCUUCUUCCUUCU